GUAUAAUUUUUGCAAAAUAUUAAAGAAUAUAUACUUGCGUAAAUAAGAAUAUUACUUUCAAAGUCGAAACAAUCAUAUAAACAUUGAUGUAGGAGCAUUAUAAAUUCAUAAUUUUAUUUUGUAUACUUUGUUUGAUAGAGAAAUGAACAUCUUUUUGCCCAUUAGCAGUUGGUAGAUAAUGGUAUUAUAUCAUGAGACGUAAUUUGAUAUGCCAGUUCUGUUAGAUGGGAACACUAUCUGCUUCGCAUGUAUAUACAAGUUUCCGGUGAACCAAAAUAAGAAGAGAAACCUUUGUUUGAGUUAAUGAAUUAAAAACUAUUUGAAAGUGAUCUGUGGAACAGUAUAAUUCAGAGAGAUGAGGACGGAAGUUACAGAGUCACAACCUUUCAAAAACUUAAAAGAAUUAUUCGAUAACGUGGGUAACUUGAAACCAUGGCCAGAAAUUGGAGAACUACGAGAUUCAACUGAUUAUGUGUACAGUGGUUUAGAAAAAAGCGCAGGAAGAACGCGGUUAGAAAAAUUGGAUAGAGAAGUACAUCCGAAAACGUUGCUCUGUCAUGAUAUGAAAGGUGGCUACCUAGAAGACAGAUUUAUAUAUGGAUCAGAAUCUUAUGAUUCUUACCUAUUUUAUCACUGGAGUGUUAUUGACACUUUUGUGUAUUUUAGUCAUCAUUUCAUAACUGUGCCCCCUUUUGGAUGGAUUAAUGCAGCACAUAAUCAUGGUGUAAAAGUUCUUGGUACUGUAAUUACGGAAAGAGAAGGUAUCUGGGAUGUUAUACUUGAAUCUCAUGAAGAAGUAAGAAGAUUUGCAGAUGCACUAAUACUUGUUGCAAAAUUUUAUAAGUUUGAUGGCUGGUUAUUAAAUAUUGAAAAUACCAUUAAAAGUGAGCAAGUUAAUAAUUUAAUUUAUUUUGUAAAAUAUCUAACAGAAAAUAUUCAUGAAGCAAUUAGAAAUUCUGAAAUUAUAUGGUACGAUAGCGUAACCAAUGAAGGAAAAUUAAAUUGGCAAAAUGAGCUUAACAGUAAAAACAUAGAUUUCUUUUUAAACUGCGAUGCCAUUUACUUGAAUUAUAACUGGAUGAAAUCAAAAUUGAAAAACAGUUUGGCACUUGCAAAAAAUCACAGCAGAGAUAUUUAUGAUAUUUAUGUAGGACUUGAUAUUUGGGGAAGAGGUUGUCCUGGCGGUGGUGGAUUUAAUUCAUCAUAUGCUUUACAAAAAAUACGACACGAAGGACUUUCUGUUGCACUUUUUGGUCCAGGUUGGACUCACGAAUUUUUCGGAUCUAAGACAUUCCAAGAAGUAGAAGAUCUAUUUUGGGCACAGUUGUUUCCUUAUUUAUACGUUCAUGUAUCUAUCUACGAAGAAGAAGUAUUCAAAACAUCAUUUUGCCGUGGCAGUGGUAGCAUGUAUUAUCGCUGUGGUCAGGCACUAUAUGAAAGGGAUGGAAAAAGAUUUAAACACAAACCAUUUUACAAUUUAUCCCUGCAAAAUCCACAAAUUUCAGUACCUAUACCGUACAUGAAAUUUACAUCAUCGCCUCAACUUCCAGAACCGAAAAGUGAAAACGAUCGAAGUGAGUGUUCAAAAGAACCGAUACAAUAUGUUUAUGAAACGAGGAAGAAUGUUAUUCGAGUAUUAAAAAAUGUUGUAAAUAUUGAAAAUAAAAUGCCAAUGCAUCGAACUGUCAGAAUUUGAUAUAUUUGUCCACGGGGAUAAGACCACUGAGACAACAGUAACAACAUAGAGAUCGUCCUCCAGACCAUAAAUAAUAAUAAUCUUUAAAAUUGCUACAAGACAAACACCGAAUCUUCCGCACCUUAAAUCGGCUGAAGAAGCGCUUCGGCACUCUAUGUUACUCUAUCCCAUCGGUCAUCGAACACGGCAAGGGAUAUAGAGCCAUAAAAAUGCUUAUCAGUAAGGCCUCUGAUAGAUCCCGAGUUCUCUGCACUCAGAGAAUUAAAGAUUCCAAAACCACGUUUCCGCAAGUAAGACGAAUGCUAUACCUCUUGAUCGGCGCCCUCAAAUUUUCUUCGGACGAUUCUCACCGUCU